GUUUUAUCCUUAAACUCAACAAGUGUUUGGUUUCUAAAACCAAACACAUUUUCAUUUUACAAUGUCUAUUUUGUCCCCUCCAACACACUCACCACUUCUUCUAAACACCAAAACCAAUGUAUAUUCUUCUUCUCCUUCUUCUCUUCUUCCUCUUCUCACUUUCUCAUCUACACGCUCUUCUUCGCUAACCCUUUUCUCUUCUACAAAAUCAGGAAAUGGGUUAGCGAGUGAAGAGAAAAAAAUCUUACUUGAACGGUAUGGUUAUGAUGUUGAUGCUGAUGACUACUUUUCUCAAUCAUCUCCAAAGUCCAAGAAGAAAAAGGAGCAACAAAAGACAAGAAGAGGGAAGCAAGAGCAUGAGGAUCCACCCGAGGAACCUAAGACACCUCGUACUACCCAUAAAUUGCUUCAGGUUCUUGGAGGAACAGCUCGAAGAACAAAGCUACUAUCACCAAAGAGCAUGGAUGUACGCCCCAUGAUGGAGGUGGUGAAAGGUGCAGCCUUUGAUAUAAUACAGGCGGCUGGUGGUUGUCCUGCAUACUUGAGACCUGGACGUUGGUUAGACUUGUAUAGCGGUACCGGUUCUGUUGGAAUUGAAGCACUUAGCCGAGGAUGUUCUGAGGUGCAUUUUGUUGAGAUGGAUCCUUGGGUUGUAUCAGACGUUUUACGUCCAAACUUAGAGGUGACCGGAUUCCUUGAUGAUUCAAUUAUACACAUUGUCCGAGUGGAGAAAUUCUUUGAACGCGCAGUGCAAUUUGUAGGAAACAAUGGUCCAUUUGAUUACAUUAGUGUCACCCCUCCAUAUACAGAAGUUGACUAUGCUGUGUUGAUGAAGCAGAUUUCAGAAUCACCCUUUAUUGGAGAAGACACUUUUAUUGUAGUUGAGUAUCCUUCGAAAACCGACAUGUUAGAGUCUUGCGGACGCCUUGUGAAGAUAACUGAUAGGCGGUUCGGUCGGACGCUCUUGGCGAUAUACGGACCGAUAUGGGCUCAAAAGAAGAGGAGAUCAAACAUUCAAAAAACAAAAUUGCAGUAAAGGCUGAUAAACUUUGUGUUGAAACUUAUCAAGGAUUUAUAGGAUAGUAAUCAUUCACUUUAGUGAUGAAAAAAAAGUCCUAAACUAAUUCUUUUCAUUCCAUUAAGUUAGAAUGGUACCUCUAGUGUAGAAACUAGAAAUAGGUGAACAAUAUGAAUAUCACUAGUUGAAUUUAUGCUUAAACUCUACAUUUUAUGAUAUGAAUUUCUUAGUUCAUUUGUUAGAGUUGAUUACGUUA